CCACACCCACACUACUCAUGAUUUUAUUUUAUUUGGUUCCUUCCAUUCAUCAUAGAUCAAUCAUCAAUGUUAAAAUACAUCACAAAAGAAUCACAUUCCUCCACAACCAACAUGUUCAUCCAAUUCUCCAUCCUCUUUCUCCUCUUCACUACUCCCUUUACAUCUUUAAUCAAAGCAAAACAAGACAACAACAAUUUCGUGCAUUCAUUAGACCUCAAAGAAUUAAAUUUAGAAAAUAAACAAGAGAAGCUAAGCCAUUUAAAGUUCUAUUGGCAUGACAUAGUUAGUGGAAACAACCCUUCUUCAAUGGUAAUUGUUCCACCACCUUUGAAAAACUCAACCACUGCCUUUGGUUUAGUUAACAUGAUUGAGAACCCUUUAACCUUAGGACCUCAAUUAAGCUCUAAAUUGGUUGGAAAAGCACAAGGAUUCUAUGCAUCAACAUCACAAAGUGAGGUAGACCUUAUCAUGGCUAUGAAUUUUGCUAUCAUUGAAGGGAAGUACAAUGGUAGCACCAUCACUAUUUUGGGGAGGAACCCUGUUUAUGACAAGGUUAGGGAAAUGCCUAUAAUUGGUGGAAGUGGUCUUUUCAGAUUUGCUAGAGGAUAUGCUCAGCUUAGAACUCAUUGGUUUUCAUCCAAGACAAAUGAUGCUAUAGUUGAGUACAAUAUUUAUGUGUUACAUUAUUAAUUAAUCAUGCUAUGCUAUAUAUGCUACUAUGCAUUUGAGAUAAGUAUUAUUUUGCUGUCUUAAUUAUGUACUUUGGUUUUUCUUCUUUUGAGGUCUUAAUAAGCAUGAAGCAUCUACUUACAUAAAAUUAAGGAUGCUAUAGAAUUAGAAAGAGAUGGAGUUGUGUUUUUUCUGCUCAACCCAUCUAUAUAUGUUUUUAUAUAUGAUAUGGUGUAUUUGUCGUUGA